AUGAAGUCAGAGUUUUUUGUUCAUUGGGACGGUCUCCGCACAAAGGAAAAAAACCGCGUACUUGUUCUUGCUGCUACUAACAGACCGUUUGAUCUUGACGAUGCUGUUAUUAGGAGACUCCCAAGAAGAUUGUUGAUUAAUUUACCCGAUGCUCCAAAUCGAGACAAGAUUCUUAAGAUCAUACUGGCCGCCGAGAAUUUGUCACCAGACAUUGAUCUAAAGGAAAUGGCCGAUAAGACGAGUGGUUAUUCUGGAAGUGAUCUCAAGAAUUUAUGUAUUGCAGCCGCCAAUUGUCCCAUUAGAGAGAUAUUAGAGAAAGAAAAAAGGGAGGGAGGUUUAGCUGAGUCUAAUAGGAAUGUAGAUAUCCGGCCUUUAAAGAUGGAGGAUCUGGUACACGCCCUAAAGGAGGUCCGCGCUAGUGUCAGACUUGACUCAUCUAUGAUAGAUGAACUGUUAGAAUGGAAUGAACAGUUUGGAGAGGGUGCAGAUGCGUCUAAAAAAGACAGAAACUUAAGUUAUUUCUUAUAA